UCUGUAGCAGAACAUUGCGAAACAGCUGAUAUUGAACGCAGCGUUAUUUUUGUUUUUGAGGGUAGGUAAGUUCUUCCAGCGUACCUAUCUUAACUAUCAUUUGUUUGAGUUAGUGUCGACAGUGUAAUCUAGCUAUAUUCUAUAUAAUAAGUAAUGUUAAUAAUAUUAUCGGAGAGGGCUGUGGUCAACAUAUUCCUAGUUUCAAAAGCACAAUAACAACGUUUUUCAGCUCAACGAUAGACGGUUUUGAAAGUCUAGUUUAUUAGAACCUACAACAAACAUGGCUGCUAAUAUUAUGGAGAUGUUAAAACAAAUACAACGUGAUUUAGCUCAUCAAAAAGAAUACAUAAGGAAUUUGAAUUUGGCUAAAAAGAACUUAAAAGAAAAAUAUAAUAUUAUAGAAGGAAAAAUAACUGACUUGGACAUGAAAAUAGAACAACAAAACAUUGGACAACAACAAGUACUUGAAACUAUGAAAAGGCUUGAACAGGAAAUCAAAAAGAACAACAGGGCACUAUUCGGAAGUGUUGGAACUGAGAUUAACAUUGAGGAUAAAACUAGCAUGUCCUACAUGUCUGAUCUAGGUGAUAUGGAGAAGUCAGCUAUCCUGGGGCAAGAAUCAAAGGAAAGCAAGGAAUAUGAUGAGGUACCUGAGCUUGAAAUCUCCUCAGAAAGUGUGCUUAUGGAAAAAACAUUGAAUAACGAAGGCAAGAAAGCAAAUAAUAAUAACGUUCAAAGGAUGGAAAAUAAGUCGGACCAAAUAGGAAAAUAUAUUGGUGAUAAGAUAAAAGAAAUAAAACAGCUGCUGCAAGAUUUUAUAUCAAUAACAAACUACACGCAGCAUGAACAGAAUGCUGAAUCUGCUCAGAUUUAUAAUACUUUUAUAAACGCAGAUCAGAUGAGCCAGCUCAACGAUAAAUUGAACAUUAUUACUGACUUGUAUAAGUCUGAUAUGAAAUAUCUGAGAGAAUCAAUCAAAAAUAUUGAAGUAAUAAUCAAAAUGUUUACAGAAGAAACUAAAAACUCAAUUAAUCAACUGUCAUCUCAUUUUAGCUUUAGACAGAUCGAUCAGCUGAAUAAUGUAAUGAAACCAAAUACAGAUAUGAAUCUGUCUGAGUUUAGACAAAUUAAAAAAAUAUUGCAGGACAUCGUAGCAACAAACAAAAUGCCAACUAAAGAGUCUGCGAGCACAGUCUAUGAAGAAGGACCUGACAACUUAUCACCAACUUGUUUUGUAUCAGAAUUGAUUUGCGAAACGGGAGAAAUUAAGAAAUUAAUCAAGGAUUUCGAAAGUAAAAUAACGAAUGAAGAUGCUAAAAAUAUUGUUAUCAAAGAAAAGGCUGAUAAGAUAUACUGUAUUUGUAACGAAUUAAAGCAAACCACAACAACAAAUCAAUUAGAAAUAAAAGAAAUCAAAGAAUUAAUGGCCUUGAUUACUUCUUUAAUUUCGAGUAAAGACGAUGCAUAUCGAAGAAACUGCAAAUGUAACUGACAAACAGGAGGCUGUCUGGAUACCUUCUACUUAUUCAGAGCAAAUCAAGAAGGUCAACUUCAAAUUUCAAGCAUGUUACAGAUAUAAUUAAAUCAAGAUACCAACGUCUUCCUCAUUAUGAAAUUGGGGCUUCCUGGGGAUUCCGCAGCACGCUCGGCCAAAUUUCACCUUCCCACACAAACCGAGUUUCGUUCUCAUUUUCAAACUACGUGUUGGAUUGCAAAGUAAAUUUGCACAUACAAUGAAAUGAGGUAUAUCUAUGCCUGUAAUUAGUUUAUAUAGCUCCAGCUUAUAAAACAAACGCAAUAGAGCAAAAACAAGGUUUAAAACUUAAAUUCGCUGUAUUUUUGUAACUGUGGUAUUUGCUAUUUGCUAGAUAUACCUUAUCCUAUUGUAAGUACAAAGUUUCAGAGCAAUCUAGCUAGUCGUUUUAAAAUGAGAAUGUAACUACGUUUGUAUGGAGAACCGAGCUUGCUGCGGACUCUUAUGAGAAAAGGGGUCGGCAUCACGUGACCGCUCCUUCAUAGUAGUCCUCAUUUUAUUACAAUUAUAAGUGUUAUUAAACAUUUUCUUACAGUACAUAUGGCGCUACUUUACCGCACUAGUGUGGUAAUUAGCGCAUUACGUAACUAUAUCGAAAAUUUAAAGGGUCAUAUGUAUAUGUACUGUAAAACGUUGUAAGAUACAUGUGCGAAUAGGUGCGAAUAGGAAAUUCGAAACGAGUGGCGAUAAAUUGAAACACGACCGAAGGGAAUGUUUUAAAUCGACACGAGUUGCGAAUUGCCUAUUGGCACAUGUAUCGUACAACGUUUUACAGUACAUAUGGCCCUUUAAAUGUUCGACACAGUAACGUAAUAUGCUAAUUUUCGCACUAGGGCUAUAAAGUAGCACCAUGUGUACUAUUACGAAAUUUCAUGUAUAUUAACCAUAGUUACGCCCCUUCGUUUUUUCAAUUUGGUUAGUUAUCAUAAGAUUAAGAAUCAUAUAAAAUGUAUGAAAUUCGUAUUUCGCUCCUGGCUAUUAUAAUAAUCAGAAAAUCGAAAAAAGCCAAAAAAAAAAGGGACACAGGUAUGGUUAAGAGGCUGUUAUCGAUAUUAGUCGCAAAAAUGUCAAAUUGAUAGAUUUAGCGCAUGAAAUUGUACACCUUUUGUUAACUAUUAAAAAUAACAAGUACUGGUUUCUAUUAGCACGUCUUGUUAUCUUUCAUUAUAAAAAAUAUUUUUUUUUUAAACAGACUCACUUAAUUAGUAAUGAUUUUUUUUCUGAUGGACGUUUAGGUAAACGCGCGUAAAGCAGUGAUUUUGUCGAUCUUAUUUGUAAAUUUCGUAAAGUUUGGACUGCUAAAAAUGGUAAUUUUGUAUUACACAUAUCCUGUACUUCAACUUUAAUAAACUACAUUUUUAUUGUUAUAAAUUUGAAGUAGUGUAAAUGAAAGUUAGACGAAAUCAAGUUUCUCCAGAAAUUACUUCAAAACAAGUGACAAUUUCUCUGAAAAUUGACUUAAUUUCAACGUAAUUUUGAUACUUAAACAAUUUACAACAUUUGCUGAAACUGUUCUUGUACAUCAUUUUGUAAUUUACUUCCAUAAUUUUUUGAUGAAUUUUUAAAAACUAUCUCUUCUCAUCACCUAUUACCGGGGACGCACGCUUGCGACCUCAUUAUUAAAAGGCAAGAUGAAAAAACGUGCUAAUAGAAACCAAUACUUGUUAUUUAGAUAUUACGUAACAAAAGGUGUACAAUUCCAACGACUAAAUCUAUCAAUUUUAAAUGUUUGCUCUAAAAUCGUUACCGGGCUCUUAACAUACAAUAAACUGUGCAAAUUGUUCUAUAAAGUCCCAUCAAAAAAAAAAACGAAUUAAAAAUAGUACUGUACUUUUUCUAUUGAACUAUUUUUAAUUCGAAUUUUUUUUUUGGUCCAUGGUCUUGAAACCACACUAUAGAGUAUAUAUUACCUAUGUAUGAGAUAACUUUUUUUUAAUGAACAAAAUGUGGAUAUAGCCUAUGAAAAUAUAAGUAAUGUAUAAUGUCCAUAAUAAAUGUCGAUUAAUAAAAUAAUUAAAAUAAACCA